UCUUUUCAGAACUCAGAAGCCAUUUAUAACUGUCAUUUUGCGCGCAAGGACGAGUUAUGUGGUCAGGCUAAUCGCAUGUGCCGUUAUGGACAAGCAGUUCUGGUUGACAGUAUCAGAGUAUAAAUACCGCGACUUAAUCUUUCAUACAACCUCAGAACAGAACUGAACAGAUUUUUGCUUGACCUGACACUGCUGCGACAACAACCAAGCCAGCGCUAAUAGGCUACUGAGAUUUUGCACCAAUUGAAUUUUUGAAAACUUCACUCACUUCUUAAAUUAACUUGACCACUUUCAAGCAAAUUUCAAGCACAUUUUUAAGUGCCUAGGCAUUAUCCAUUCAGUAUCCAUUUUCGAAAGAUGUGGUGGAUGCUGUAUCCUCGCUGGAUUUGGUUCCUGGCUGGACACUACGUGAUUUUCCACAUGGAUGAUCGCGUAAUGACCAUGACUUUGCCUAGAGUCACGUACUCUCAUGCGGGCAUCUGUCCCAAUGACAUGAACCCCAACCUCUGGGUGGAUGCUAUGAGUACCUGCACAAGAGAAUGUGAAUCAGACCAGGAAUGUGAAACUUUUGAGAAGUGCUGCUCCAAUGUGUGCGGAAACCGAAGCUGUGUGGCGGCCCGCUACAUCAGAGAGGGGAAUUCGGGUCCCGUGGGGAUGCCCAAGGAGGCCACCUGCAACAAGUUCAUGUGCACGCAGCAGGGCUCCGAGUGUGACAUCUGGGACGGCCAGCCCGUGUGCAAGUGCAAGGACCGCUGCGAGAGGGAGCCUCACUUCACCUGCGCCUCCGACGGCAUGACCUACUACAACAAGUGCUACAUGGACGCCGAAGCCUGCUCCAAGGGCAUCUCGCUGUCUGUGGUGACCUGCCGCUUCACGUGGCCCAACACGAGCCCUCUGCCUGCAGGCACCACCGCCCGACCGACCACCCCUCUCCAGCAGCUGACCACGCCCGUGGACGUCCAAGCCCCAGUCUUGGUGGGCACCCCUGCCCCCCAGUCCGUGUACGUCGGGGAAACGGCCAGCUUCCUGUGUGAGGUGGCCGGCAGGCCGCGGCCAGAGAUCACCUGGGAGAAGCAGACGGAGGACACCGAGAACGUGGUGAUGCGACCCAACCACGUGCGCGACAACGUAGUGGUCACCAACAUCGGCCAGCUUGUCAUCUACAAUGCCCAGCUGCAGGACGCCGGUGUCUACACCUGCACCGCCGCCAACUCGGUCGGCUCCGUCCAGGCCCACUACCCCUUGUCGGUGCACCAGAAGGAGCCGGUGAAGAGGGAGGAGCGGGCCAAUGCCACCCAGUUCCCUGCUGAAGAGUGCCUGAAGAUGCCCGACAGCGAGGACUGUGGGGAGGAGAGGCUGAGCUGGUACUACGAGGCCAAACAGAACAGCUGCUCCACAUUCACCUACGGCAACUGUGGGAAGAACCAGAACCACUUUGACUCGUACGAGUCAUGCAUGCUGGCGUGUCGGCCGGAGCUUGGUGCCCCCUGCACCCAGCCCAGCCUCCAGGGGCCAUGCAAAGCCUACGAGCCACGCUGGGCAUACAGUGCCGCCCUGCAGCAGUGCCAGUCCUUCAUCUAUGGCGGCUGCGGUGGCAACGACAACAACUUCAAGACCAAGGAGGCCUGCGAGGAUGCAUGCCCCUUCCCCAAGAACCACCACUGCAAGCCGUGCAAGCCGCGCCACAAGAUGGUCACCAGCUUCUGCCGGGCCGACUACGUCAUCCUAGGCCGCGUGACGGAGAUGACCGAGGAGCAGGACUCGGGCCACGCCCUGGUGACGGUGGAGGAGAUCCUGAAGGACGAGAAGAUGGGCCUGCGCUUCUUCGGCAAGGAGCCGUUGGAGAUCACGCUGCAGAGCAUGGACUGGGCGUGCCCGUGUCCCAACGUGACCGCCGCCGAUGGCCAGGUCAUCAUCAUGGGCGACGUGACCAACGGCAUGGCCAUCCUGCAGCCGGACAGCUUCGUGAUUGGCUCCAACGUGAAACGCGUGCGCAAGCUGCGGGAGGUCAUCAACAAGAACACCUGUGACAUGCUGAAAGACGGGUGGGUGGCAGUGGUAGCAUAGUGGUUUAGGAGCUGGGCCAACAAGCAGUAGCAUGAAGAGUUGUGGGUUCAAUUCCCCGCUGCCACCGUUGGGCCCUUGAGCAAGGCAUUUAACCCCAUGUUGCUCCGGGUCCCUUGUAAUAGAACUGACAUAUGAAAGUCACUUUGGAAGUGAUAAAUAAAUAUAAAUGUAAAGAGUUCAUUCAGUGAGACCUUGCAACAUGCAUCACGUAUCAACAGAUUACAUUGAUCAGAUUACUUGUCGUGUUUUAGAGAUAUAUCCCACAAAAGAGGCCCUAAAGCAUAUACUAAGUUCAUUGACAACGAAAAACUCAGUUGAGUUGAUUGAAAACUAAAUACUGUUUGUUGUUACUGUGAUUUGUUCCUUGUUUGCAUUAACCCUUUUACCUCUGCAAGUUUUUUUUUUUUUUUUUUUUUUUAAACAUCUCUUACUGUAGAUACUUGCUUUCCACAAAACCUCAGAACAAUGUUGCAGGUCAGGAACUGGACCUCUUAUGUAAAAUUGUGUUCACAGGAAGCAUGUUUUAGUAUCCCUCAUGUUAGAACGAAAGAACAUGUUUGUGGACAUAGGAAGCAUUAAUCAAAUCCAUGUGCGUGCUCAAAUCCCUGGGAGAUUGUUCCUCACUGUUCCCUCUGCUUCAAAAGGCACCCCAUGCCUGCAAUAUAAAUUUAAGUUGUAGAGGCCGGAUCUUUAAAAGGACCUUACUGGAAAUUAAUUCUUUGUUGUGGUUGUAAUUUAACAGAGAAAAAGUCAUAUUUUUGUAAUAACCAUUUUUGUAUACUUGUUCUUGCAUCUCACACUUUGGCCUGUUUAAAUGGAGUUUGACAGCUAUAUUUGUAAUGUAAAGUUAGCUUUUGAUGAUGAACUUGCACAAGUUGUAUUAUAUUUUCAGUAAAACUUACCACUCGCUCUGCUCAGAUUUGAAUGUAAAUACAUAAAUUUAUAGCUAUCAGAAGCAGGUAGUUUGCUAUAUUUGCUGUAUUUAUUUGGCCUUUUCACUCUCUGGGAUAAUAAAAGCCUAUUUAUCAUUCCUUUAGUAUAAUUCAAGCACAUAUCAUUUAAACA